AGCGCCGGCAAAGUUGGCCUCAAACUUGAACAGAGAGGAAGGCUCCAGCUUCCCGAAGCUCCGCGGGGGCAUCAGGCGGGCCUGGGCCUCUGAACUCGGCGACCCUGCCAGCUCCCAGCAAGCCCUUGCUCCCCUGGGGGACGCAUCUGCCCCUGCCCUGUAGGCCCCCAGUGUGGGCUGAGGCAUGGUGUGCUGAGCUCCCUCCGGAGCCCGUCAUCUCAGCUUGAAGCCGGAGCAACCCAGGGCCCAAGCCAACAUGGCCAACCUGGUGCAGCCUCAGUUUCCCUCAGCCCAGGAGCCAGGCACCGCCUUACCCCUGGACCUGCCGGAGAUGGAGAAGCUCCUCACGAAGGGGGAAGGCGAGGAUGACAAGGCACCGAAGCUGUCCAAGUCCCUCUCGGGGGCCCUGGACCUGGAGCAGAAUGGCCACAGGCUGCCCUUCAAGGUGGCAUCCGAGGGGCUCCAGGAAGCCACGCUCCCCUGGUCGGCCUCCCCGGCCAGCUCUAGGCGGGCGUCCUCCAUUGCCACCGCCUCCUCUGCCCAGGACCAAGAAGUCCCCAAAGAUUACCUCAUCCUUGCCAUCGCCUCCUGCUUCUGCCCUGUGUGGCCCCUCAACCUCAUCCCCCUCAUCUUCUCCAUCAUGUCGCGAAGUAGUGUGCAGCAGGGGGACCUGGACGGGGCCCGGCGGCUGGGCCGCCUGGCUCGACUGCUCAGCGUCACCUUCAUCAUCAUGGGCACCAUCAUCAUCAUUGUGGCCGUGACCGUCAAUUUCGCAGGAGGCACUGACCUAGAACACGGGGGUUCAACCCGGGGCAGAAAGCCGGAGACUCAGCGGUGGGGUCAUGGGCAACCUUGGCCCCUUUGGCGACAGAAGAAGAGUUCAGUACAGAAGAAAUAAAACGGACCAGGGUGCUGCGCUGGCAGGGGUGGCCCUGGCCAGCUGGGGGCCUCCACACUCGCACGCCCCCCCUCCUGUGGGAGGACAGGACGGUCACGUCCCUGCGCUCCCAAAGCCCAGACUUGGAGCCAAGCCCCCAGGUCUCCCCACUGCCAGCCCACUUCAGAUGUGAAAAGUGCGAAGAACGAAUAACGAGGUUUAAUCUUGUGGACACGGCCGGUGUUUGGGCUCUGUGUGCGCCAGCUGGCUGCUCAUCACCCCCCUCCCCCCGGGAUCCGCCACGAGGCACACACCACCUGUUUGAGGAAGAGCCAGCCCCGCGGACAAGACCGAGACAAGGAGAACCAUGGCCGGAGAGAAGCAGCACACUCCCUGCCUGUCUGAGCGCCGGGAGCCACGAUGUGGGACUUUCUCUUUUGUAUUUUUCUUGGGGGGUGUGUGUGAAAAAAACUGUUUGCAUGCCUUGUGCCACAUGCUUGCUGCAAUCCCAGCUCAGGGGCCCAGCUGCCGCUCAGUGCCUGCCCUGGGACCCCCUUGGGGACCCAAGAUGAGCAGCUGUCUGGAGAGGGAGAGCCACGCGCAUGGCAGGGGAAUGCUGGUGAGGACAGGAUCAGGAACUGUAGGGCCCGCGGACAUCUUUUCCAGCUUUUCGGUCUCAGGAGCUUCUCUGCUGAGAACUCCGGUCCCAGCGUGUCUCCCAGGAUGACCCAGUCUGCCUCUUGCUCCCUCCCUCCUUGUGUUGUCGCCUAGGGCCUGACCCCAGCCCUGCUCAGCCAGUGAGGAGGAGCUGAGCUCGCCUCCUGCCAUGGCCCCCCUCGUGGUCUAGGCUGCACACUCGGGGCCCCAAGCAGAGUGGCUCAGGUGGGGCUUGGGCUCCGGCUCCCAGCCUAGCAGCACCUGAUGUUCCGUGCCUUACCCUGUGCCCCUGGCCAUCCACAGACCACAAAGGCUUUCCCUGAGGUUGCUUUGGGACCACCUCUGGGGGGAGGACUUCCCAUGAGCUCCCAGGUUCUUAGCAGGGGAGUGAGCUGGAGGGUUUUUCCGAAGGUUUAUUGUUGUGUUUGGGAGAGUGGGAAGCCCCAGGCUGGGGAAUACACUCCCAUGCCCAGAGGCAGGGGGCGACACUAUGGCCUCUCUCUCAGGACAUAAUGGGACGCAUAAAAGGACUGAACAGGGUCCUUUGACCUCCUACCUGGUUUCUGGCCCUGGGAUUCUCCCCAAACUUCUGCUGGCACAGGUUCUGCCCAUGGGGGCCUCUCCUGUGCCCACCUACCUCUCUGGCUUCAGCUCCCAGACCCUCCACGCUUUCCCACCCUGGGAGACCCUGCCCAGCAGCCAGGGUUACUGCCCUUGAUGGGAGGGCAUGUUCCCAGCUGUAGCCAGACUAGUCCCAGGCUGGCAAAGACUGUUUCCCCGGCACCCAUUCCGGGCCCUGGUGCCUUCUCUCAGGGCCCCUGCCUGUCUCCCUGAAGCUCCUCAGAGACUCCUGGGAGGGAGUCUGUUAGCACAGAGGCUCUGUCUACCAGGAGGAGUCCCAAGUGCAGCUCUGAGCCUUCUAGGAGGGCCUUCGUGGCGGGGGAGGGGUGUAGGGCCCAGGGGCCCUGGGUGGAUCCCUCUGGGGCCGGCAUUCCUGUGUCAGUUUCCCAUCUGGGGAGCAGACUCCAACCUCUCCAGACCCUAAAGGAAGGGCUGGCUUUGCUUUACAGGACCUUUGAGGCCACAAUAGAGAUGCCUCUGUUCGGGGAGGGAGGGAGUGAGCCCAGAGGAUUUGUGUCACUUGCGAAGUCAGGUCAGGCCAGGAGGUGAGUCACGAGGUCUAUGGAACUGGUGGCUCAUGAGUUGGUGUCUCCUGGCAGGCCCCAGGAGCCCCAGCUGCAGCACCCCAGGGAGAAGAGAGAAAGUAACCAGCCAGUUGUGGGGAAAACGAUGGCCAAGGUGGGGCUCUCUCUGUGGCCUCUGUGCGCACUGACUGGCACGCACGUGCAAACCUUUCCAGACCCCCACGUCACACCCGCACAGACUCACGCUCUUUCACACUCAAAGCCCAGCACAGCAGAGAAAGAGAGAAGCCACUGGCAGACAGCCACAGGACAGCUGGGACAUCCUUCCACGUAGGCAAGGACAACUUGGGAAACUUCUAGUUGUACCAAGGACGGAGCUCAGAGGCUCUGAGGGUUUUGGAAGGAGCCUGACCCCUCCGGCGGGAGGAGCACAAGCCUGAGGACCAGGAACCCUGCAGAGAUCCGACUGGGAGGGAGGAUCCCCUGACUCCCCUGCUGCCUCCCCCCACUGGCAGCCUGGCACUCGGAGGACUCACCCCCUGCUCCCAGCUCCAUUGUGGGUCCCGCCGCUGGCUGCCUGAACCCAAAGGUCCCCCUGCUUGGGACACUGACACAGCCUGUCCCGCAUCCCAGAGGAAGCAGUAAGAACUACCCCUGCUCCCACCCGGCACCACACUCUCCAGUCGGCUCCUGUG